GACAAUCUCGGGCUUGCAGCAUCUUGGUCCCGGGGCAAGGCGGGUGCCGGGCGGCCCGCUGCGUGGGGAACCCCGGGGCUGACUGAUCCGGGCCCCCCGCACUCCGAUGGGCUUGGCGGAGCCGGCGCCAUGGCCGCCCUGUACCAGAGCGCGGACCCGUCCGCCUCGGCCUCCCCCAACAAGCUACUGGCGCUGAAGGACGUGAGGCAGGUGAAGGAGGAGACCACCUUGGACGAGAAGCUUUUCCUGCUGGCCUGCGACAAAGGUGACUAUUACAUGGUUAAUAAACUCUUGGAGCAGAACAGCUCAGGUGACAUGAACAUAAAUUGUGUGGAUGUGCUUGGAAGAAAUGCUAUAACCAUUACCAUUGAAAAUGAAAACUUGGACAUAUUACAGCUGCUUUUGGAUUAUGGCUGUCAGUCAACAGAUGCACUUUUGGUGGCAAUUGACUCAGAAGUGGUGGGAGCUGUUGAUAUUUUACUUAAUCAUCGACCAAAACGAUCCUCAAGACCAACUAUUGUAAAACUUAUGGAGCGUAUUCAGAACCCAGAGUACUCAACAACUAUGGAUGUAGCGCCUGUCAUUCUAGCUGCUCAUCGUAACAAUUAUGAGAUCCUUACUAUGCUGUUGAAACAGGAUGUAUCUCUACCCAAACCUCACGCUGUUGGCUGUGAAUGCACCUUGUGCACGGCAAAGAACAAAAAGGAUAGCCUACGGCACUCCAGAUUUCGUCUUGACAUCUAUCGUUGUUUGGCCAGUCCUGCCUUAAUAAUGUUGACAGAGGAGGAUCCAAUCCUGAGAGCUUUUGAACUUAGUGCAGACUUAAAAGAGUUAAGUCUUGUCGAAGUUGAAUUCAGAAAUGAUUAUGAGGAACUAGCCCAGCAGUGCAAAACCUUUGCUAAAGAUUUACUUGCACAGGCACGGAACUCACGGGAGCUGGAAGUUAUCCUAAACCAUACAGCUAGUGAUGAGCAUGUGGACAAACGAGGAUUGUUAGAAGAGAGGAUGAAUUUGAGUCGCCUAAAACUUGCUAUCAAGUAUAACCAAAAGGAGUUUGUUGCCCAGUCUAACUGCCAGCAGUUUCUCAACACUGUGUGGUUUGGACAGAUGGCAGGCUACCGACGCAAGCACACGUGUAAGAAGAUUUUGACUGUUUUGACAGUUGGCAUCUUUUGGCCAGUUCUGUCUCUCUGUUACUUAUUAGCCCCUAAAUCUCGAGUAGGUCGAAUAAUUCACACUCCUUUUAUGAAGUUUAUUAUUCAUGGAGCUUCAUAUUUCACAUUCCUGCUAUUACUUAACUUGUAUUCACUGGUCUACAAUGAGGAUAAGAAGAAUACAAUGGGGCCAGCGCUUGAGAGAAUAGACUAUCUUCUGAUAAUAUGGCUUAUUGGAAUGGUGUGGUCAGAUGUCAAAAGACUUUGGUAUGAAGGCCUGGAAGACUUUUUAGAAGAAUCUCGGAAUCAGCUUAGUUUUGUCAUGAAUUCCCUCUAUUUGGCAACCUUUGCUCUCAAAGUAGUUGCUCAUAACAAGUUCCAUGAUUUUGCUGAUAGAAAGGACUGGGACGCAUUCCAUCCUACGCUGGUGGCAGAAGGUCUCUUUGCUUUUGCUAAUGUUCUUAGUUACCUUCGACUCUUCUUCAUGUAUACAACCAGUUCUAUCCUAGGACCACUUCAGAUUUCAAUGGGGCAGAUGUUGCAAGACUUUGGAAAAUUCUUGGGGAUGUUCCUUCUUGUCUUGUUCUCAUUCACAAUUGGAUUGACCCAACUGUAUGACAAAGGAUUUACUGUAAAUGAAGAGAAGGACUGUGCAGGGAUCUUCUGUGAACAGCAAAGCAAUGACACAUUCCAUUCGUUUAUUGGCACCUGCUUUGCUCUGUUCUGGUACAUAUUCUCCCUUGCACAUGUAGCAAUCUUUGUCACUAGAUUUAGCUACGGUGAAGAAUUGCAGUCUUUUGUGGGCGCUGUUAUUGUUGGUACCUACAACGUAGUGGUUGUGAUUGUCCUUACCAAGCUCUUAGUGGCGAUGCUUCAUAAAAGCUUUCAGCUGAUAGCAAAUCAUGAAGACAAAGAAUGGAAAUUUGCUCGUGCCAAGCUUUGGCUUAGCUACUUUGAUGAUAAAUGCACACUACCUCCACCUUUCAAUGUCAUUCCCUCUCCCAAGACUAUCUGCUAUCUCUUCAACAGUCUUAGUAAAUGGAUUGGCUCUCAUACUUCGACUGGCAAAGUCAAACGUCAGAAUAGCCUAAAGGAAUGGAGAAAUCUGAAACAAAAGAGGGAUGAGAAUUACCAAAAGGUGAUGUGUUGUUUAGUCCAUCGUUACUUAACCUCCAUGAGACAAAAGAUGCAAAGCAUGGAUCAAGCAACUGUGGAAAAUCUCAAUGAACUGCGGCAAGAUUUAUCAAAAUUCCGAAAUGAAAUGAGGGAUCUGCUUGGCUUUCGGACAUCUAAAUAUGCUAUGUUUUAUCCAAGAAACUAAGAUCCAGAUUUUAAAAGGAACGUGUCUAACUUUAGGUACUCACAGUUGAAAGUGUUGGUCUAAGUCUGUUGCCAGACCAAAUAGAAAAGCAAAUUUUUUGCACAACCUUAAAUUUGAAAAUGUAUUUGCAUGAGUUUCAGCUAAGUUCAAAAGAUGUGGAAAUGAAUGCAAAAACUGUCAUUCUUUUAAGCUCUUGAAGUAUGUAAUGUACCAGUAUGUAAAAUAUGUACAUAGCAUUUUACAAUAAAUGUUUCCCAAAAUAUGGAUUUUUGACAGGUCACAUUAGCUGUCAGGCUUUGGUCUUCAUAGCUGGCAUGUUGCAUUUAUUUCCCCUAUAUUUGCUGUUUUGUCCCUCUUGGUUACUGUUUUUUCAAGUUGUGGGAAAAGAUGGAGAUCUUAACAAUACUUAAAAAUAUACCUGGUGCUUUCGUAAUAGAAAUUUAACCAGUAUAUGAUUUAAAGUAGGUUGCAGAAGACUGCAUGACUCCGAAAAUGUUUUUGUACAUGAUGCUGUUGACUGAAUAUUAACAAUUGUAAAACAUUGGGAAAUGAAAUUCGUGAUUUGUUCCCUGAAAAUUGCAGGGUACUGUGGAUGCUGAACUCUGGACAUAGAGCCAAAAUAAGCUACCCAUCGCCAGAACUUUCAUGGAUUUGUUUAAAAUAGUUGUGUCCUCUCAAAACAUGUUAAGAUUUUUCAGGUAGCACCCUGUGUGUACAUUUGCAAUAUGCAACUCUUGGGAUUUGGGAUUUUUUUAAUUAGCCUCUUAAUUUUGAGUAGUGUUCAGAAAACCUUGUGUAUCUGGAUUACACACAGUUGUUCUUUGGCAUAGGAAAACAUAAUUUUUAACAAGAAUUAGAUAUCGGUCUAGAGCAUGAAUGUUACUUGUUUGCCAGGCUAAACAUUUCUUUUCUAUUAAAACAAAUGGAAAUACUGUACAAUUCUUUCUAUGUAAGAACAUACACUAUGCCUCGACAUUGGAAGAUGUGCAUUCAAAAGGCUCUCUUUUAGAGUAUGUAUACACCACAGCUGUGAAUGUGUUUUCCAGCACAAUAGUACUCCUGGGCGAAUUCUGCACCAAAAAAGUAUUAAAAAUUCUGCAACAAAAGAUUAAGAAUGUUGCGCACGUUUUAAAAUUCUGCUAAUUUUAUUUGUCAAUAACACUACAUAAUAAUGUCAGUUUCAA